ACGAACCGGAGCACCCCAGUCCCGGGCGGCAUCCAUCCCCUCAGCGCCUCAAGCUCCAGCGGGAGGCCGGGAGCGGCGGCAGGAUGUAGCAGCGGAUUAACGGAGGAGAGAGGGGCGCUCGGAGGAAGAGAGCGGGACUGGGCGGACCGAGGCGAGGCGGGACGGAGGGGACAUGGGGAAGGACCAGGAGCUGCUCCAGGCCGUGAAGACCGAGGACCUUCUGACAGCUCAGCGGCUUCUGCAGAGACCACGGCCAGGAAAAGCCAAGCUCCUCGGAGCAGCAAAGCGGGUGAACGUGAACAUCCAGGAUGCAGAUGGGCUGUCGCCGCUGCACCACGCCGCUCUGAGUGGUAACAAGGAGCUGAUCUCUCUGCUAUUGGAGGCCCAGGCAGCAGUGGAUAUCAAAGACCACAAAGGAAUGCGUCCUCUGCAUUAUGCUGCAUGGCAGGGGAAGACUGAGCCCAUGAAAAUGCUGCUGAAGGCAGGCUCGUCAGUCAACGGACAGUCAGAUGAAGGACAGAUCCCGCUCCACCUGUCAGCUCAGCAUGGACACUACGAUGGGUCGGAGAUGCUGCUCCAGCACCAGUCGAAUCCGUGCAUCUCAGACACAGCUGGGAAAACGCCGCUGGACCUGGCGUGUGAAUUUGGGCGUGUGGGAGUGGUCCAGCUGUUGCUCAGCAGCAACAUGUGUGCAGCCAUGCUGGAACCGAAACCCUCCGACCCCAACGGAGUGUCACCUCUGCAUCUCGCCGCCAAGAACGGACACAUAGAAGUCAUACGGUUGCUCAUACAGGCUGGUAUAGACAUCAAUAGACAGUCGGAGUCGGGCACGGCGCUCCAUCAGGCCGCCCUCUGUGGGAAGACGGAGGUAGUUCGCCUGCUGCUGGAUAGCGGCAUCAGUGCAGGAGUGAGAAACACCCUGAGUCAAACCGCCCUGGACAUUGUUAACCAGUUCACCACCACACAGGCCAGCAGGGAGAUCAAGCAGCUGCUGAGAGAUGCCUCUGCAGCAAUGCAGGUGCGCGCGCUGAAGGACUACUGCAACAACUACGACCUCACCAGUCUCAACAUCAAAGCUGGAGAUAUAAUCACGGUUUUGGAGCAGCACUCCGACGGCCGAUGGAAAGGCUGUAUCCAUGACAACCGCACGGGGAAUGACCGUGUGGGCUACUUCCCCUCCAACAUGGUAGAAGUCAUCAAGCGGGCAGGUCACUCCCCCUCCCAGCAGUGCCACACCCUCCUGCUCCGCAGGCCCAACCCCUGCCCCAUUGCCUCGGUCAACGGACACUCAUACCCCCCCUCCAAAGUCCUCCCCCUGCAUCUGCCCUCCCCUCCUCCCCUCCACCCCAACACACAGUCCCUCCCUCGGUUCUCCUCGUUUGGGUACGUGCCUCUCCCCAUCUCUCCUCCUUCUCUGUCCACUCCUCCUCCUCCUCCUCCUCCCCCUCUCUCCACUUCUCAGGAGCAGCAGAGUCAGACAGGUUCAAGGACUGCAGAGCUGAGUCCUCAAGGCUCUCCCACCCUGGGACAGCAGAGCAGCGCCAGUGAGGACAUCUGGGUGCUGCGGAAACCUCUGGCAGGUGGCGAGCGCAGUGGCAGCGUGGGCAGCCUGGGCAGCGUGCGGUCCUCCAGCAGCCUGCAGAGUUCUGGAAACACGCACGUCCUGACCACGCCCGCACCCAGUCCACACCCUGCACCAACACCGGGAGUCAACACGCACGGCCUCAACGCUCCGGGGCUGCACGCACAAGCAGAGGGAGUCAAGCUCCUGGCCACUGUGCUGUCUCAGUCGGUAAAAGCCAAGGAGCAUCUCUUGGAGCAGUCGCAGUCUGUGGAGCAGUCAGCAAGCUCGUCUGGUUGCACAGUUCAUGAGCAGCGGUCAUUUGAGCGGAAAGCGGAGGAGGAUGACGGGAAAAAGCAGGCAGUAGUGACGUGGCUGGGUGAGUUUCAGCUGCAGUUCUACACCACCCACUUCCUCACCGCGGGAUAUGAUCUAGACACCAUUAGCCGCAUGACCCCCGAGGACCUGACGGCGAUUGGGGUCAUGAAGCCUGGACAUCGGAAGAAGUUAACGUCAGAGAUCAGCAAGCUCCCCUCCACGGACUGGCUGCCGGACCACAAGCCUGCCAAUCUGGGAGACUGGCUGUCUCAUCUGGGUCUCAGUCAGUAUUACCAGGUUCUUGUUCAGAAUGGAUAUGAAAACAUUGACUUUGUCUCAGACAUUAGCCUGGAGGAUCUGCAGGAGAUUGGCAUCACGAAGCUCGGCCACCAGAAGAAGAUGAUGUUGGGGGUGAGGAGGCUGAAGGAGCUGCAGAGAGGAGAAGGUUCUUCUGAGCUUCCACAGAGCCCCUCCUCCACGCCUCCGCCCAGCCCGGGGGGCAGCACCGCCUCAGAGCCGCCCCGGAGGGAGGCCAGGAAGCAGAGGGACGGCGGCCCCAGCCCGCUGGCCAAACCCCGGCCCGGUCUCACACACUCGCAGACCCCUCCCCAGACCCCGCCGCAGACCCCGCCUCACGGCCGCACCCAGCAGGCCUCUCCCAGGGCUCGGCCGCGUCCCUCCACGCAGACGGCGGCGGCAGAUCCGUCAGUGCCUCUGCUGCGGCUUCCUUGUGAGGAGGAGGAGCGGCGAAGAACUCACAGUCUCAUCGGCUCAGAGUCGGACUCCAGAUACGCCACCGUGUGCCGCAGCAGCUCCGCCCACACCGCUGCCACGAAUGAUGUCACUGUCAACCGCAGCCAGUCGUCCGUCACCCUCCGCCCGCGGAGGAAAGGCCGGCCCCCGACACCGCCCAAACGCUCCUGCUCCUCCAUCACCGGGCCCGACGGGGAGGUGGAGGCGGGGCGGGCGGAGGGGCUGCUGGGCCUGCCAACUUACCGCGAGCGGCGAGCCAGUGACUGCGGCGCCCUGGGAGCGGCUUUACGGGCUCAGGAGUCAGCGGGCCUGGAGAGAUCAGAGGGGGCUUCUGGGAGCGUCCGCAGCCUCGCUGCCAUGCUGGAAACAUCCAUCGUUGGUGGAACCAAAACCCUGCCGAAGAAUCUGGGGAGCGGCGCCAACUACCUGCAGGUGAGUCCGCCGCUACUCCGUCGCCAGGCAGGCGCAGGAGGUCUCGGAUCGGAAGAGGAUGACGUUCUGAAUCGACGCAGGACUAUCAGCGGACCUGAGGGUCUCCCCGGAGACCAUCAUGAACGGUUACCUCAGCAGCCGGUCCAGCAGCCGGUCCAGCAGCCGGCGCAGCAGCGCCCCGAGCCCCGGCCCCGCUCCACCGUGCUCAGCUCGACGUCGGAGAUCGCAGACGGCACGGGAACUCUCCGGAGGAAGCCGCGGCCUCCUGCCGCAGACUCCGAGGCACCCGCGUCUGCGGCCACCACGGUCGUAACCAUGACAACAGGCUCCGACACCAUCCGCAGGAGGCCGCGCACGGCCGAACACGUGGAGCGCGCCGCUCAAAGCAAUAACCAGUCGGACUCUCCCAGCAGUCAAACUGAAAUCGGGAGGAAAACCGAAGGCGAGCUGCAGCAGAACGGCGGCGUCGUCCUGAGACGGAGACCCGUGUCCGAAGUCUCGGAGAGGACGGACGCCAGCAGAGAGAGCUGCGAGUGGAUGGAGGCCAGGAAGUCUCUGAAGCCGCCGGUCUCGCCCAAGCCCUCAUCCGUCGCCCUGAGAAAAACACAAGCUGACCCUCCAACGCCCACUCGCAGAGUCCCGAUACCCGGGCCUGACAGCUCCGACAUGGCACAAAGCCCUGAGCCAAAGCGGAUCCCCCCUCCCGUAUCUCCCAAACCGCGGGGGCCCCCAACAGCACCCAAACCCGGCAAAGCCGCAGUAGCUUCGACGGCCAUGAGUCCGAGCCCGGCGGCUACCAGCCCCGCCGCCGCCAGCCCGACCCCCACCCCGGCCCCCAAACCUUCCUCCCCGCUCUCUGCCGCCCCGCUUCCUGCCCCGGACACCCCCUCCGCUCCCUCCCUCUCCCCGGGACUCCCGCUCACCUCCCCGUCCCCGGCGCAGAGUCCCUCCACGCCCUCCCCGCACCCCGUCAAGCCGCCCCGCUCCUCCAUCGCCGGCCUCUCCAUCGACCUGGCCGGGGGGCGGGAGGCGGAGGAGGAGGAGGAGAGGAGGAGAGAGGAAGAGGAGAGAAGGAAAGAGAAGGAAAGCAAGAGACACAGAGAGCAGCAGGAGGAGGAGAGGAAGAGGGCGGAGGACAGGGAAGAAGCACGGGAGGAGGCGGAGGGCCAGGGAGAGGAAGCGGAGCAGGAGGGGGAGGCUCAGCAUCGUCUAGAGGAGACCAGCGCCUCCCUGGCUGCAGCUCUGCAGGCCGUGGAGCACAAGAUCCAAGAGGAGGACGCACACAAUGACUCUCUCUCCAGCAAAAAGGAAACCGUCUCCAUCUUGGACGACAUCGGCAGCAUGUUUGACGACUUGGCCGACCAGCUGGACGCGAUGCUCGACUGAUGUCCGGCCCGCAUCUCCCUUCCAACAUGCCCCCCCCCCCCCUUCCCCUCAAACAUGUGUAGGUGUAUCAAGAAAGACUUUCCCAAGCCUCGCUGCUAGCGCCCGGAGAGCGUGCAACCAACCCACCCCCGACGCGUGAGCGACUUCUCAUGUAGCCUUGUACAGUACUGAGGAGGGAGUCCUCUUUUGUCUGGUGCAGUAGCUCUAGUAGACCUCCCAGUGCGAGGAGGCUGCUCCCACACAACCUCUGACCUCUGCAGCCCAGCGAGUGACCGACGCCCGACCGAGAAGCACAAUCACUCUCCCCAUCCUGUUAGCGCUACAAACUCUGGCUUAGGACAAGUGUCGCAUCAAGACAGGGAGGCAGACAGAUGAGCAUAUUGCUUACGAGGAAAAGAAAAUAAGCACAUUAACUGUCCGUCAGGCAGAUAGAUAGAGGAGGCACAUACUGAUGAGAUACUGGAGAGAAUUUUUAAAAGCACACGAGAAGACGGACCGCUUUCUGAGUCUGUCUCGCUCCCGCAACGUCACAAAGGAUGCAUUUUUCCAGACGAACCGUAGCCUCUGUUUCUCUUCUGUAUGAGUGGAGGAUGGUGGCUAGCCGGACUUCCUGACAUGUGUGUGUCGUCUCCGUUCAUGUUGCCGUUGUUGCUGUUGCUGUUAUCGUUGCCGUUGUUGUCGUUACGAGUGCGUGUGUGUGUAGUCCCUGCUGAUGCUCAUGUCAAUGUCCUCUCACUCGUACAGUAGUUACUCUAAUGGUCAGAAAGACGAUAUAGAUGUGUGUCCAUGACAUACUCGCACUCACUCACACCCACACACACACACACACACACACACAAACACACACGACAAAGAUUGACACAUUUGCACACACAAACAUGUACAAGCACACUCAUGCGGUAUAUCACUUUGUCCUGCUGCAGUGAACAGUGUUUUUAAAAGAUACUCCUAUAUUUCAAUGCUUUAUAUAGUACAUCCAGUAAACAAACAUACAUAGAGUUUAUAAUAUACCUGGGUAUUUGAGCUUUUAGAGCUCCCUCUAGUGUUGGUUAGUGAAGCCUCUAAUCUGCCCCCUGCCAUCAUGUCUGCCCCCCCCCCCCCCCCCCCCCAUUUUUACCUCCUCCUGUGUCUGUUCUGUUCACUCUGCAUCUCUCUGUGCCUUGUUAGUGUUCUUUCUCAUAUAUUCCGUUUAUUUCUUGUUGUCCGUUCCAACAUGUUUGAUGGGUUUUUUCUGGUUCUUUACAAAUAAUAAAGCGCUCCCCCGUGUGUCUGUGAUGUCGAAACUAGCUUUUAGGUUGAGUCAUGAGUACUGAAAUAUCAACAAGCCCCGUCUGAGACCUCCUGUAAUCACCGAGAAGCCCACCUCUCCCCCUGCCCCUCCCCCAUAAGGUGUAAUAAGUUGGCUCUGCUCCUCCUCUGCCCCCAGUUUUCAGUGGUUCCCCCCCCUCAUGUAAAUGAGACAGUGGAUCAACCACCAGUGUUCAUCCCAAUGAAGAGUCCACUUGUAUUUUUAUGCUCUUUGAAAACAAAGAUAUAUUUGAGAGACAGAUGGUUCUAUGUGAAUAAUAAUGAUAAUAAUAAUAAUAAUAUAUUGAUGAUAAUUAUAAACUGAGGUGAGCUGACUGAGCCUGUACAUUUAUGGUUGAGUUUUGGAUGUGUUGUGACGGCUGUUGUGCCAUGGUUGGGUUUAGGUUGUGUUUCUUCCGUGACGAUGCAUUCCUGUACAGCUAUGAUGAGAAUAAAUGUAGAAAUCAAACCUCA